AUGCCAUAUGCAUUACAAGAAAAAGUAGAGAAGGAACUUGAAAGACUGGAGACUUUGGGUAUAAUCACACGUGUCGAAUCAUCCGAUUGGGGCACACCCAUUGUGCCGGUUGUCAAACCCAAUGGUUCAGUCAGAAUAUGUGCUGACUACAAGGUGACUUUGAACAAAGUUAUUAAAGACGAACAUUACCCUAUACCUCGGAUUGAUGAUAUCAUGUCAAAGAUGCAUUGUGGAAAGAUAUUUUGUACUCUUGAUAUCAGUAAUGCAUACUUGCACAUGGAGAUGGACGAAGACAGUGCCAUCAUGCAAACAAUCAGUACUCACAAAGGGCUGUUUAAAGUGAACAGAUUAAUGUUUGGAGUAAAAGUGGCACCCUUGUUAUGGCAAAGAUUCAUGGACAAAACAUUACAUAACUUAGAAGGCGUACAAUGUUUCUUUGACGACGUAAUUGUCCAAGGAUCUAACAGGGAACAGCUUCUUCGCCGACUGGAACAGGUGUUUGAACGAUUGAAGUUAAAUGAUUUGAGGUUAAAUAGAGAGAAAUGUAAGUUUUUCCAGAACAAAAUUGAGUACUUAGGUCAUGUGAUCGAUAGCAAAGGACUACAUAAGUCAGAUGCUAAAAUACAGAGCAUUUUAAAAUGUAAAAGACCAGAGAACGUAACUGAACUCCGAACUUUCCUAGGCCUUGCGAAUUAUUACAACAAAUUCAUAAAGAAUUUGGCUACACUGCUACAUCCUUUGAAUCGGCUGCUACGAAAAGGAAACACUUUUACAUGGAGCUCUGCUUGUAAACAGAGUUUUCUGAAGAUUAAAGAAAUUAUUACAAGUGAUGACGUGUUGGUACACUUUGAUCCUAGCUUGCCACUGGUCUUAGCUACUGAUGCUUCGCCGGUAGGUGUAGGAGCCGUUCUUUCGCACCGCUAUAGGGAUGGAACAGACAGGCCAAUCGCCUUCGCCUCUCGAUCUUUAUCAAAAUCAGAACAAAAAUACUCUCAAAUCGAUAAGGAAGCCUUGGGAAUAUAUUGGGGCCUGAAAAAGUUUUCCCCGUUUUGUUAUGGCCGCAAAUUUACUUUGAUCACUGAUCACAAACCGCUGGUGUCAAUUUUUAAUCCAGCAAAGACCUUACCAACAAUCUCGGCAACACGGAUAUUCAACUAUGCUCACUUUCUCUCCGGGUUCGACUAUGACAUAGAGUACAGGCAAACUGCUCAUCAUUGCAAUGCAGAUUAUCUCUCUCGAUUCCCUAUCGAAGUUGUACAAGAACAUUCUGUAGAUGACCUCUCAAAGUACCACAUAAAUCAACUGGAAACACUCAAUAUCAACAGUACCGUGGUGGCUAAGGAAACUCUCAACGAUGCUGUUUUGGGUCCAGUCCUACAGGCCUUGAAAUCGGGACAAUCUGUUGAACAAUACGGAUUUCACGAUAACGAGCUGUCCAUUCAAGAUGAUUGUGUACUGAAGGGCUGGAGAGUCAUGAUACCUCAAUCUCUCAGACCUCAUGUGCUUCGAGAACUACACGUAGCUCAUUUAGGAGGAAUAAAAAUGAAGGCUUUAGCUCGCAGUUUUUGCUGGUGGAAAAGUAUAGACAAGGAUAUUGAAGAUAUGGUAACUGAAUGUCGACAAUGCAUUGAAAAAUGCAACAACCCGAGGAAAACUAUCCAUCCAUGGGAACAACCUUCUAAUCCAUGGGAGAGGGUGCACAUUGAUUUCUUAGGACCAACAGAUGGCCAACAGUACCUGAUAUUAGUGGAUGCCUUUAGUAAGUGGGUGGAUGUGAUACAGACAAAAACAACUACAAGUACAUGGACAGUCCAAGAAUUACGGAAAAUCUUCUCAACUUUUGGGUUUCCUCACAUCCUAGUUUCAGAUAAUUGA